ACGGUAACGAACCUUACCGUUCCAUCCGACGAGCUCGCAUAAUCUUAAUGUCUUCUUCACCGUCGCUGUCAUCCUCAACGCCUACCCUUACCAGCUCAAUUGAUCAGCCGACUAGUCAAACCUCCAGCACGGGAGGUAACCAACCGCCAUCUACAUCAACUACACUAUAUCUCUUCACGUUCCUCGCCACCCUUUUCGUCCUCCUGCUCAUCUCUGCCUCUAUUAUAUUCCGUUCCUUCCUCGUGCGCCGUCGCUUUCGUCGGCGUGUCGAAGACGCUUUGGCACAAGGAAUCUAUAUUGACCUACAGCCCUCAGCACUCGGUCUUACUUCACGGUACAUCGGAGAGAAACCCAGCGUGCAUGAAGCGUGGGUUGAACAGGAUGUCUCACGGGAGAAAUCCCAAUGGCAAGCCAUCAUGCCUGUGGCGGUUCUUCUAACACACAGGGUCGAACCCACUGCGGAAUCCCAAUUACCUCAUGAAUCCAUACAGCAACAGCGACCCUCAUUCCUCGCGCGCUUCAAGCGACGCUCCGCAUCUCCUGACCCACAUCCGGCCACAAUUCUUCGACACUCUGCCUCCUCAGACGACUCCGCCUCCGUCUGUGUCUUGAUCUCCAUGCCUGACCCUUUCUCCCCAAUGCGCUUUAAGCAUUCAUCGGAAGAUUCGGCCACGUCGCAACUAAGUGACGGUAAAGAUCCGAACCUGGGCGUAACCCCAGGGAGGAUCAACGAUGAGGAAGGCGUCCCAAACGUUGUUUUUGGGGUGGCCGAACUUCCUGUGCUUGGUGGCUGGACAGAAGCAACAAUGGCGUAAUAUUUUCGGUUAUACACUUCCCUGGUAUGACAGACACGAAUAGGGUGGUAAUAUGAUAUAUUGAUCGGUGUGGACCUGUUUAACUAAUCUUGGCUCUAUAUCAAGUACUGUAUUCUUGUUUGUAACACUUACUACCACUUACCCACACCAUGAUACUCACCAUCCUAGUAUGCAUGUAGUAGGAACGAGGCUGCAGGAAUGUCCCUACUAACCCUUGCGGUUUCGCUGAGACAUAAUGUCAACGCCAUGAAGGCAUCCGUACCUGUUGCAACCUUGUGUGUCGCAUAACCCUGUCACUUGAGUCUUGAGCUUGAGUACUGUGCCUUUGUACACAGAAGCCUUGUACCUUCACU